GCGCAUCCCGGAAGUCUCCGGAGCCGGAAAGUGACGUGUCCUGCAGGCCGGACUGAGCUGUAAGGCACAAACAGGGGAAGCGGCAGCAGCGCAUCGGCAGCCUGAGAGUUAAUGAUGAUUACGGACGUGCAGUUGGCCAUCUUUGCUAACAUGUUGGGCGUCUCCCUGUUUCUGCUUGUGGUUUUGUAUCACUACGUGGCUGUGAAUAACCCCAAGAAACAGGAGUGAGAUGAACCCCCUUACUAUUGGCUCUCACGUUAUAAGAAGGCGGGGCCAGGGUGAUACACGCCAUGAUGAUGAUGAUGAUGAUGAUGAUGCCGAGUGCAUUUGUACAUUCCCUGUUGUGCAACAGAUGCUGUAGAUUUGUUUUCUAAAUAAAAUGAGUGAUUCCACUGAAA